GACACCGUGGGAAAGCGGCUGCGCUACAAACCGAGACGCUGCGGGCGAACCUGGACUCGCACACACAACACAACACUGCACAAUACAGGACUUGUACUGAGGGACUAUUGAGGAAGAGUCAAGAUGAAGAGGAACCACGACUUCAGCUCCUCGGACAGCGAACUGGACGAGACCAUCGAGGUGGAGAAGGAGAGCGCAGAUGAAAAUGGGAACAUGAGCUCCCCCCUUGGCUCCAUGUCUCCAACCACAUCCACUCAGGUGCAGGCGAGGAAGAGGCGUCGAGGAAUUAUCGAGAAAAGGCGUCGAGACCGGAUCAACAACAGCCUCAGUGAGCUCCGGAGACUCGUCCCCAGCGCCUUUGAGAAACAGGUAUUUAACUACUACUGCUCUAACGUCCCUUAUACAGAGCUCACUUUUAAAGUAUGGAAAUAUGAAAACACUUUUAUUUAUUUAUGCUCUUUUGGUUUAUUUGUAUUUAACUUAUUCUUCUCCCCCUCAUUGAAGGGCUCAGCCAAACUGGAGAAAGCAGAGAUCCUGCAGAUGACUGUUGACCACCUGAAGAUGCUUCAUGCAGCCGGAGGCAAAGGCUACUUCGACGCCCAUGCCCUGGCGAUGGACUACAGGGGUCUGGGUUUCAGGGAGUGCCUGGCGGAGACGGCCCGCUACCUGAGUAUAAUCGAAGGCCUGGACAGCACGGACCCUCUGCGGAUCCGUCUGGUCUCCCACCUGAACAACUACGCCAGCCAGAGGGAGGCUCACUCCGGCCUGAGCCACCUGGCGUGGGGCUCUGCCUUCGGAUCCCCUCCGGCCCACCUCGCCCACUCCCUCCUCAUGCAGCACCAACAGGGCGCAUCUCUGGCACCUCUACCCCGCAGCGCCACCAGCAGCCCGCAGACUCCACUGUCGUCUACGUCCACCUCGUCCACCUCCUCCUCGCCGUCGUCCUCCUCGUCGGUGGCAGAGACUCACAUCCCGGGGAGACGCAGCACCAGCGCCACCACACACUCAGAUCAAGGCCUCAUCAGGGUGCCCCCCACGACGGCCGCCCCUACCACCAUCCUGCACCCGGCCCUGGUCCCCUCAUCAGUGUCAAAGCUCUCCCCUCCUCUCCUCUCCUCCCUCUCGGCGUUCCCCUUCCCCUUCAGCGCCUUCCCCCUCAUCUCCCCCGCCACCAUCAGCCCCCCAGGCCCAACAUCCAGUGUGGGGAAACCCUACAGACCCUGGGGUAUGGAGAUAGGAGCGUUCUGACUGAGGUGAUCCCCUCGACACGAUCUACAUAGAGACUCUACAGCCGAGCUGGACUUUCAAGGACAAGACUUUUUCUCUUCCCUGCUCAGAAAGUACUAUUUUUUCUAUGAUCCCACAGAGGACACACAUAGCUAUAGGAUGUUUAUUUUCUUGCUAAUGCAUUGUGUAGGAGAGAAAGCAGUGAGAAGGGAGACCACGGCUAAAAAGCAGCAGGAGUGAUUUAUUGUGUUGAUUGAUCUGUGUUCCUGCCCACCCCUUUAGAAGUUACACCCACCACUGUCAGCCAAUCAGGAAUGGCUUUUCCAGAUGGUCAAGCAGUUGCCGUCCGUCAAGUUCCUGGGUGAAACCGUCCCCCUCCCCUUUGUUCCCCCUGAGCUGAAACAGCCAGUGUUGAUGCCCUGGUUACACAGAGAGGCUGGUGCGAGAGGAGGGUCUGAGGUGCUCUCAGAGUCACCCCCCUUUUUAAAGCAUUUUAUGGGGUGGAAUAACCGAAACCAGGUGUUUGUUUGACUAAAUACUGGGAACAAAAGUUCGCUACCAGCUUGGUUGAAACAAACUUAACCAUGAUUUACCCCUCGACCUCUGAUGCUCGGCUGGUGCUCCAUUGUUUGGGCUCACUUCCUCAACGUAUGGUUCCUCUCUACAGUAAAUUCUCUCCGCAACAAUCCAAGCUUCACAUAUGUUUUACCAGUUUUUUUCUCAUGUAAAUGAUGUUUGGGUGAUUUUUAUCACCUCGUCUCUUGUAUUUGCAGCAUCGUCAAUCAGUAUUUACCGAGAGGGAGAGGGUUCACAGCUGUACACUUCAGUUUUUCUUUUGUCAUUACUGUCUUUAGAGACAUUUAGAAAUCGUAGCCUCUCGUUUCCCCCUGAAAGUUUAACGUGUUUCCUGAUAAACCUCACUGUCAGAUUGUAUAUUUUAUGGUUGUAUAAAAACACGAGUGAGCACUGACAAAAAAAGAUUUUCAAAGUUGUUGUUGUUGGUGCGAUGACAACUUCCCUGUAAUAAAAGAGUUCUGAUACAUCA